UUUCAAGUAGUUUACCCCGUAAGCACGUGUCCAUGCGUUUUUCAUCAUUGUAUGGGAGGUAUGUCAUGUUUGUUCAUCCAUACAGUGCUUCAAAGUACGAUCUUUUGAGCAGGUGAAGGAAGCCAACGACAAUACCAGGAAUUCGGCUGGAACCUGAACUGGAACCGGCUUCUACCAAAUGUACGCCUGAGCACUAACAGGCCCCGCUCGCGAUGGCGUCCUCCGGCGACCGGGAGCAGCUGAUGGCGCAGGUGAAGCGCGAUGUGCGCAGCCUGCUCAUCUCGGCCAAGUCGGGCCUGGCCAUCCAGGACCUGUACCGCGACUACCAGUCGCUCGUGUUCAGCCCGCUGCCGUUCCGGCAGCUGGGCUUCCAGACGGCGCGCGCCUUCCUGCAGUCGAUCCCGGACGUGUGCCGGUGCCAGCUGCUGCCCGGCGGCGACUGUCUGGUGACGGCCGUCGCCGACAGCUCCACCGCACACAUCCAGAAGAUGGUCGAGCGCCAGAAGCCGUCGCAGAAGCGCGGCGCCACGGCUCGCGUGCUGGCAUCGCGGUAUGUGCGCCGCUCGACGCCGGCGCGGCCACCCAACUACCGCUCCCAGCAGUCGUCCUCCUACUACUGGCACCGGUCGCUGGAAACAUCUCCGUCAGACGACGACGCGCCGAAGGCCAGGCCGCAGCCGCUGAUGCAGUCGAGGCCGCAACCGCCGAUGCAGUCCAAGCCGCAACCGCCGAUGCAGUCGAAGCCGCAGUCUCCAACAAAGCCGGCGCCGCAGUCUCCCACGAAGCCGGCGCCGCAGCCGCAGCGGCCGGAGAAGCCGCCGUCGGGCCGGACCAGCCCGGAGCCGGUGCCGGCGCGCGUGGCCGGCCGUCUGGCGCAGGUGCUGCUCUCCCAUCCGGACGGCGUGCCGGCCGACCGGCUGCCGGGUCUGCACGACGCCGCCGCGCCGGACGAGCCGCUCGACUGGCAGGGCCGCGGCUACCGCAGCUGCGCCGAGCUGCUGCUCCAGCUGCCGCACAUCGCGCGCGUCGUCAACGCCUUUAACGGACUCCGCGUCUACCCGGCGCGCGCCCUUAUCGCUGCGGACCGCGAGUCGGGUCGUCAGUCACGCCAGUCGGCCGCUGCCGACGCUGACCGGCCGGCCAGCCGUGCCAGUCAAUCUGAGCGCGCCUCCCCGCCGGCUCCGGAGCAGUCGGAGCGGCGUCCCAGCCCGACGGGAGCCAGCGGGCGGGCGGCGGCCACCGGCAGCUCCAGCUCAGGGAAGAGAAAGAGUCUGCUGGCCUCGAUCUCAGAGACUGUACAAACUAUCCUGGAGAAGCACCCGAACGGUCUGCUCUGCUCCAAACUGCCCUCAGAGUACCAGCUGAGGACGGGCAGCGACCUGGCGCUGUCGGAGCUCGGCUUCCACAGCGUGCUGGACCUGGUGUCCCUCCUCCCGCUGCGCAUCAUCAAGUCGAACGCGUUCGGCGACUGGCUGCUGUUCACGCUGCGGCAGCCGCUGCCGGACUUUGUCAACGACCAGACGCAGGCUGACGACGGUUUGAUAGCCGAGGUGGAGGAUGGCAGUCGGCUCCAGGAAGCCAAGGAGAGGAUCCGCGACAUCCUGCUCUCCUUCCCCGACGGACUGCGCAUGUCCAGUCUCGAGGAUCACUAUCAGAUGAACUGCAACGAGCGGCUGCCGUACGGCGCCCUCGGCUUCAACUCGCUGGAGACGUUCGUGCUGCAGCUGACGGAGGACGUGCUGAACCUGAAGAACACGGCCGACGGCCUGAAGCUGUAUCCCAUCAUGCCUCCGCAGUCGGAGAUGGCGGUGUCGCGCGACCUGUACCCGGCGGACGCCGUCGGCCCCGGUCGCAGUUUCGAGCGCGUCAAGCUGCCCGACGUGCCUUCCGGCGAGUACAACCUGGAGAUCUUCGUGGCAGAGGUGUACCAUCCGCACAAGUUCUGGUUCCACCUGGUUGGCGAUCAGUACGCGGACGCUCUGGAAAAACUCAUGGACGAAAUGGAGAUGACCUACUGCACCACGCUGGGCUUCAAGUACCGCAUGCAGGAGGCGACCGUGCGCGUGGGCCAGGUGUGCGCGUGUCCGUACGGCGAGCAGGGCUACCACCGGGCCGUCAUCACUGGCGUACGGCCCGUGCCGGAGCCCGUCAAGGUGUUCUACGUGGACUACGGCUCUGUGGGUACCGUGUCUCGCGAGAUGCUGCGCUUCCUGCCGGAGCAGUACUUCAGUCUGCCGGCCCAGGCACUGCUGGGUCGGCUGGCCAACAUCGAGCCGCCGGACGCCGAGGGCUGGUCGCGCGAGGCCUCCAAGACGUUCCUGUCUCUAGUCGACAACAAUCGCAUCCUAUACGCCAUGAUUCUGGAGAGGUCGCCGAGCUGCGUCAGUCUGUGUCUUUGUGAUACCACCGGAGACACGGACCUGCACGUCAACGACCGGCUCGUCGAACUCGACUACGCCGUCUUCCACAACGAGAGCGUCGACGUCGACGAAAAGGCGGUGGAGGAGCUCUCUCGGCCGGUGUCGGUGGCGCCCAGUCCCACCGCUGCGCCGCCGCCGGCCGCGGCUGUCUCCGUAUCGGAGGCGGCGUCAGCGGCCGUGGCGCGCCUCUCGCUGAGUCCCGAGCCGGAGUCGGAGCCGGCUGGCGGCCGCAGCACGCCCAGCGACAUCGACCGGCUGCUGCUGGAGACGCUGGGCAGCCCGCCUGGUAACGCCGGCCCACCGCCGGCCCCAGUGCCGCUGUCGUCGCCCGGACAGCCGCCCGGCUUCGCUGCCGUGUCGCCGCUGCCGCCAGUCAGCACGACCGCCUUCGCGCAGAUGCUGACGCAGUCGGCGCUGCUCAGCAACCUGCAGAUAAUGCAGCUCAACCUGAUGAAUCCGAUGAUGAACCCGGCGGCGUACGCCGCGCUGCUCAUGUCGCAGGCGUCCGGAGCCGGCGGCGGCGUGACGGCUGUCCCGACAUCGCCGACCGUCUCCGCCGUGUCGCCCGCGGCACUGACCACCGUCGCGCCGGCCGCCGUCUCUGCUGUGGCCCCGACCACGCCCGUGUCGGCGGCCGGCCGCGCCCCGGAGGCGCCGGCGGCGGCGGGCGUCCCGACCUCCCCGCAGGUACCGCCGGCCGCGCCGCCGCCGCUGGCCCCGUCCGUGGACGGCAGCGGCCGGAACGCCGGCGUGUGCAUCGCCGCGCCCACCCAGGCCGACAGCGCUCCAAGCCACCAGGAGCUGACUGAGGAGGAGAUUGACCAAAUGAACCGCGAGCUGGGGGAGCUUACCAUGCAGAGACGGUUCAUCAAACAGAUAGCGGUGCCGGUGGGUGUGGUGCACCUGAUCUGCCUGGACGGCGCCGGCUACCUGGUGUCGGCCGAGAUCUCGCACUUCCUCUGGACGCGCGACAUCCUGCACACGAUGCUGCUGAUGAAGCGCGUCACACUGCCCAGCCGCUCUGUCGACGUCGAGUCCCACCAGGAGCUCUUCGCCGAACUCAUAAAGUACAAAGUGCCCGGUGUGAUGAACGGAGAAGAUCUGGUGGACCCGCUAACGCUCUACCCCAUCACCUGUGUGCCGCGUGUCUUCACCGUCUUCAAAAACAUGAAGAACGAACACGACGUCAAUGGCAUCAUAAACGACAUUAUCGCCGAGUUCGACCCUGCCGACCCGUACUGGAGCACGGCCGCCAACGAUGAGGACGACGAGGGGGAGCUGGCCGACCUGGGCUCGGAGACGGUCUACAGCGCGGCGCACUCUCAGCCGACGGCGCUGCAGAGCGAGCCGUGCCCGCCGCCGGCGUCCGAGGUGGGCGGCGCGGCGCUGCAGGGCGGCGGCGACUCGGCCGACCUGCUGCCAGAGAUGUGCGACAUCCUCACCCAGCUGCAGAACAAACGCCGGCGAAAGGUGGAGGCCACCACGAUGGGUCUGGAGGGCACCGACUUCUCGCCAGAGGAUGUCAUCGGGGACGAGCUGCGCAAGAUGGACGCCCAGAUCGCCUCGUUCCAGCGGCGCAUUGACGCGCUCGUGGCGAGCCGCGCGGCGGCGGUCGUCGGCCGGCCCGGCUCACAGCAGGGCUCCGUCUGCCAGCCCGGCUCUCAGAACCACUCCACGUGCCAGCCGGCCUCGGCGCGCACCUCGCUCUCGAUGAACCCGGACGCACCCGAGUUCAUCCACCCCAGUCAGAAUAACUCGGCGUGUGCCAGCAAGGACAGCACAAUCUGCCUGCCGGGCGGUGACGAGCCGGCCGUCUCCAAGCCGCGCGUCUCUGUGGAGCUGCGCGCGCCCGACGGCACGCCCGUGCAGCUCAGUCAGCUGGUGAGCGGCGCCGAGACGGCGCGGCGCAGCAGCGUCAGCAGCACGGGCCCGUCGCCGCCGCGCCGCCCCCUCGAGCUGCGCACCCCGGACGGAAAGCCGGUGCAGCUGAGCGCGUCAGCCCGCGCCGCCUCCACGCCGCACGGCUCGCCGCCGCCGCUGUCCGUCUCCAGCGGCGCCACCGUCACCGUGGCGGCCACCGCUGCGGCGGCCGCCGUGGCUCCGGUCAAGGCGCAGUCGGCACCGCACCAGUACCAGAUCCCGCUGCGGCCGGUAGCCCCGUAUCGGCAGCCGACGGCCUCUCGCUUCCAGCAGCCCCAGGUGGCUCAUCAUCCUCCGGCAACCCCGCAGCCGCCGCCGGCUCCGCGCCCGCAGCAGCAGCAGCAGCAGUGGCCGCGUCUGCCCAGCCAGAUGCCGAUGUACCAGCCGCAGCCGUACCAGCAGCCGUACCUGGCCUUCCCUCAGAUGUACCAGCCGACGCCUGGCAUGUACCCGCGGUUCCAGCAGCCGAUGGGCUACCUCGGCCAGCCUCUGUACUCGAUGCAGUCGGGCUUCCAGCCGGCGGCGUCCCAGUACUCUGCCCCGGCGGCGCACCAGCCGCUGCCGGCGGGUCACGCGCACCAGCCGCCGCCGGCGGGCCACGCGCCCCAGCGGCCGGCCUCCGGUUACCCUGGCAACUGACCGUUCGACAAACGGUGCACUCACUUCAUCUCAUGGACCCUUGCAAAGUGUAGUUUUUACCUCAGUGUUGGAGUCGUGUUGUGUGUUGGCGAUUAUUGAACUGUUAUGUGUCGUGCGGAUAGUGCUGCCCUUUGCGGGUAUGAGGAUCCCCAGUAUUUGGGAGUUGAUGAGCCAAGCCUUGCCGGCUGUGAAAAGAAGCCUUUCGUUUGUAUUAAUUCGCCAAGCAAUGCAGCAAAAUAUAAUUGCUCGUUAUGCA